UCGAAGUGUGUUAAAUACACGAGUUUAGUAUGACCAUAAUUACAUACUGCUUUAUAACAAUGCAAUAACUAUAAAAUAAUUAUAAUCACUCAAGUAUAAAGUUGAAUGUAUGGAUGUCAAUAUCAUAAGUUGAUAAAGCUUUUCAUACCGCAUGUAACAAUGAAACAAAAAUUUUUGUUGUAAAUUUAAAAGUUUGAAAAUAUAACCUCUUUAAUCUUUGGAAGAAACAUACGAAUGUCAACAUCAUACGACUCUGACGUAUGAAAAAUGUGAUCUCACCGGCAAAGUUGUAUGUAAUGUUGUAAACAUUUCAUUUGAGAAGAAACUGUAUGUAAUGGAAAAUCAUUCCGUUCGUAUAAAUUACGCGUUAACACCUCGUGACACAGAACAACCAUUAAUACAUGACAGUGAAACUAAUUCAUAUGAAGAAAAUAUUAAGAAACACGAGGAAACGACCGUAACAAAUGAAGCUAUGGGUAGUUCUUUCUAUCCGAAAGCUAUGUUAUUUCUAGUAUUAUGGUAUCUUAUUAGCGGAUGUACUUUAUUUUUAAAUAAAUACAUAUUAUCAUAUAUGGAGGGAAAUCCUACAAUUUUGGGUGCUUGUCAAAUGUUAAUGACUACAAUUUGUGGAUUUAUUCAAAUGUAUUUUCCAUGUGGAAUGUACAAAGCACGUCCCAGAUUAAUGAGACCAGCAGGAUUUUAUAAACAUAUGAUAUUGGUUGGAUGUACAAGGUUUACAACUGUAGUAUUAGGAUUAGUAUCACUUAAUUAUGUAGCAGUCAGUUUCACAGAAACUAUUAAAAGUAGCGCACCACUUUUUACCGUCCUUAUUAGCAGAUAUUUAUUAGGGGAACACACAGGGUUAUAUGUAAAUUUAUCUUUAAUUCCUUUAAUGGGUGGUUUAGCCCUAUGUUCAAUAAAUGAAAUUAGUUUUGACCUUAGGGGAUUUAUUGCUGCUAUGGCUACAAAUGUAACAGAAUGUUUACAAAAUGUUUAUUCCAAAAUAUUAAUCAGUGGUGAUAAUUUUAGGUAUACGCCUGCGGAACUGCAAUUCUAUACUAGUUUAGCAUCAAUUGUGGUACAAAUACCAGUAUUGAUUUUAUUUGUAGAUUUACCAACUCUUGAGCAUUCAUUGAGUUUUAAACUAUUCACAGCAUUCCUACUUAAUGGAGUGUUCUUCCAUUUUCAAAGUAUUACAGCAUAUGUACUCAUGAAUUAUAUUAGUCCUGUGACACAUAGUGUUGUUAAUACAGCAAAAAGAGCAUCUUUAAUCUGGCUCUCUGUUUUACUAUUUAAUAAUCCAGUAACUGGUUUAUCAGCUAUGGGAACAUCUUUAGUAAUAAUAGGAGUAUUGUUGUAUAAUCGAGCACAAGAGUAUGAUAAACUAAACAAAGCUAAAUUACGAUACAACUCUAAAGUUAAUUUACAGUAAUUACAAUAUUAUUUAUUAAAAUUUUAUAUUUAAUAAAAAUAGGCGUUUGCAUUAAUGUAAUGAAUAAUGAACAAAUUUAGUAUUAAUUUUUAUAACAGUAUUUUAUU